AUGGCUGGCGGCGCGAAGAAGAAAAAGAAGCCUGCUGCUAACCCAGCCCGAGGCUUUGCUACUACUUCGGUCGCUUCUAAACCUAGGCCAGAAGUUGCUGAGCCCGAGUCGAAACCUGCUGUCGCCAAAGGCCAAAAUGCCCCUCCAUCGACACAGAAAGAUGCCCCUCCAUCUUCGUCUACGAAUGGCGAUGCGACUACCAACACCAACACCCAAGGGGCGACUUUGAGCCCCGAGGAGUUUGAAAAACAUUUGGAGGAAUCUGAGCUACAGCUUCUGGUCGAAAAAUAUGCCGCAAAAACGAAAAAGGAUGCCGUGCGUCAACGAACUCGGCUCGAUACCGACCGUCGUCUGUUCCGUGGUCAAGCCGACUCUGUCAAUAGUUUCAAAUGGCUACCACAGGACUUGAUGAACCAUAUUCUUGAUCUGAUACAAGCAGAAAAUCGUUUCGCAGCUUCGAGUUUGUCGUCGUCGGACAAUGCUGGCGCUGGCAAGAUGCCCCCAGAAGAAGACAUGAUCCUUCGUCUCUGGACGCUACAGCAAACAUUAACUGCAGCCGAGUUUCCCACCGAGCGUGUUGCUGCCGUGAUACGCUACAUUCUGGACAUAGCCCCAAAUGUCUCGACGACAAGCAGAGAAUCUAUCUGGGGACUUGAAGAAGCCCUCGACUGGCUGGCCCGUGAAUGCAAAAUCGAAGAAUUACCCUCCUAUGAACCAAAGUUCAAGCCCAUGCCUAAAAGCACAAAUGAUACUCCCCAGGAUAGUCCAGUACCAAGCCGCUCAAGUACCCCUCGCCAUGCUGAUUCGCGAAAUGGUCGCAAGAACAAAUCUUCUGGGGCCAAGGGUCGACCAGCAAAAAACCUUUCACCCACCAAAAAGCUGGUUGUAGCUUGUGACAGCGAUAUAGAACCCGAUGAACUUGUUGCAAAGUAUCUGGAUAGUAAAGCGAAGCUAUUAGAGUACGAGCGUGGCCAUGGUGAUGCUGAGAACUCGCCAGCUAUCCAACAAGAUGAGGAGCUCGCUGUUGCGAAGCUUGAGGCCAAGAUCAGGAAGAUCGAGUCGGAUGUGCUUUUUGACAGAUACGAGGCCGAACAGCAAUGGAAGGUCCAAAGAGUUGACCUGGAGAGGCAACUAGCUGCCGCAAAACAGGAGAGGCAAGACCAGGCUGUGGAGAAACCGGCCACGGAGGAGGAACCCGUAUCUGAAAAGACGGACGACGGUGAUGUUAACAAUGAAGCUGAACGUAUCGCUGCUGAGAUAUUGGCUGAAGCGAACGAUGAUGACGAGGACGAUAUUGGAGGGUUAUUCGCAUCUCUGCCUCAGAAUGAGGUCGACGCAAGCACAGGCGAAAGUCGUACUGUUGUCAACUCAACCGAUGGCAGUCAAAUUGUGAUUCGCGAUUUUGGUAAAACAACAGGUAUCAGCCCUCGGAGAGCUCUCGAAGAAGCCUGUCGCUCAAGGGAUUCAUCGGCCAAAAUCUCAUAUACCAUUGUGUCAGAUGCCACGUUUGCCAACCGCCAUUCUUUGGAUAUUGUUUGGACUAAACCCCAAGAUUUGCCACCACCAGCAGCUUCAUCAGACGUUGAGGUUGUAGCAGAUCAUUUUCGAUUCACGUUUACCAUGACUGGCAUCGCCGCACCAGAUUCGAAGCAAUCAGAAUCUUACAUUUCUACAGCCGCUUUGUUUUACACAUUUAGUGGCAAUACCAAGGACGAAAAGGUUGCUAUAAGACUUCCCCACGUUUGGAAAGAUGUUUGGGCAGAGCUCGCGGAAGCUCGGAAAGCUCACGUCGACGAACAAGACAGAGAAGUGGUGAGGGGGCUGAGGGCCUUGGUUCGCGAACGUCAUGACCAAGAGCUUGAAGAUGGUGUCAUCAUUCAAGGGGCAUUCCGAGGACGAGGCAACAAGCAUGCCAUAGACUCAGGCGAUGAUGGAAAUCACGGUUCGAGGCAAAACACCACGAAUGGCGAGUACUACCAGAAGAUUUGGGCAGACAAAUCUAGCACCCGCAAAUUUCAAAUGAUGCUGCAAUCUCGAAUGCAGCUCCCGAUGUGGAACUUUAGAGAGCAAGUGUUGAAUGCUGUCGAUGAGAAUCAGGUUGUGAUUGUCUGUGGUGAAACUGGAUGUGGCAAGAGCACGCAAGUCCCAUCCUUCCUACUCGAGCAUCAGCUCUCUCAGGGGAAGCCCUGCAAGGUGUACUGCACAGAGCCCCGGCGAAUCUCCGCCAUCUCUCUUGCUCGUCGUGUGAGCGAAGAGCUGGGCGAGAACAGAAAUGACUUGGGGACCAGUAGAUCUUUGGUCGGUUACUCUAUCCGACUAGAAGCCAACACUUCACGCGAGACGAGGCUAGUGUAUGCAACCACGGGUAUUGUCAUGCGAAUGCUCGAAGGCUCCAACGACCUACAGGAGGUAACACAUUUGGUACUUGAUGAAGUACACGAACGGACAAUUGACAGCGACUUUCUUUUAAUCGUUCUAAAAAAGCUACUCGUCAGACGCAAAGACUUGAAAGUCGUUCUUAUGUCUGCUACAGUCGAUGCAGAUCGUUUCUCAGCUUACCUUGGCGGUGCACCAGUCCUCAACGUUCCUGGGCGAACAUUUCCUGUCCAAGUCAAAUACAUCGAGGAUGCCAUUGAACUUACUAGAUAUACGCCUGCGGAUUCUGAACCUGAUAAAAUGGUGGAUCUGGAUGAUGACCCCGCUGAGAACGAGGGGGAGAACAUCAAGAGUGAUAUCUCCAAGAGCCUGGUGGACUAUUCAUCAAGGACUAGGUCCACACUGGCUCAAAUUGAUGAGUACCGGAUCGAGUUCGACCUGAUUCUUCAACUGAUUGCCCAGAUCGCUGUCAAUGACCAACUUCAGGACUACAGCAAGGCCAUUCUGGUCUUCCUGCCAGGUAUUGCCGAAAUCCGCACACUGAAUGAUAUGCUGCUCGGUGAUCCGAGGUUCGCCAAGGACUGGCUUGUCUAUCCUUUGCAUUCUACCAUCGCAACAGAGGAUCAAGAGUCGGCUUUUCUUGUUCCACCACCUGGCAUCCGCAAGAUCGUUCUUGCUACCAACAUCGCCGAGACGGGUAUCACCAUCCCUGACGUUACUUGUGUUAUUGACACAGGCAAGCACCGCGAGAUGCGAUUCGAUGAGAGGCGUCAGCUUUCGAGACUAAUUGACACAUUCAUCUCUCGAGCGAAUGCGAAGCAAAGGCGAGGUCGCGCUGGUCGUGUGCAAGAAGGCCUAUGCUUUCAUAUGUUCACCAAGUUCCGCCACGAUCAGCUAAUGAGCGAUCAACAGACGCCUGAGAUGCUCCGUCUUUCACUGCAAGAUUUGGCUAUUCGAGUCAAAAUCUGCAAAAUUGGAGGUAUCGAAGAGACUCUGGGCGACGCCCUCGAUCCGCCCUCAGCAAAGAAUAUUCGCCGAGCGGUUGACGCGCUCGUCGAUGUUCGUGCCCUUACCCAGGCCGAGGAAUUGACACCACUUGGAAAUCAGUUGGCUAGGCUACCUUUGGACGUUUUUCUGGGUAAGCUGAUUUUGUAUGGCGUUAUUUUCAAAUGUUUGGAUAUGGCCAUUACCGUGGCCGCCAUUCUAUCUUCCAAGUCGCCAUUUUCUGCACCCUUCGGUCAGCGCACACAAGCAGACAACGCCCGCAUGGCUUUUCGUCGAGGUGACUCUGACCUUCUUACGAUAUAUAACGCCUAUCUGGCUUGGAAGAGGGUGUGCCAGUCGACGGGCGGGGGUGGAAAAGAGUUCCAAUUUUGCCGCAAGAAUUUCUUGAGUCAGCAAACUCUAGCCAAUAUCGAAGACCUCAAGGGGCAACUCCUGACUUCUUUGGCUGAUUCUGGGUUCCUUUCUCUGACCGAAGAGGAGAGGCGAGCGCUAUCCCGUGCCCGAUUUGCUGGUGGACGAGGAAGAAGACAGCAGCAAUUUUACGACAUGCCUCGUAGAGUUAACCUCAACAGUGAUAACGACGUUGUUUCCGCGUCGGUCAUAGCUUGGAGUUUCUACCCCAAGAUCCUGGUGAGAGAUGCGCCAGGGUCCAAGGGCUUAAGAAAUAUUGGUACAAACCAAUCAAUCAGCCUCCAUCCAUCUUCCGUCAAUCGAGGUCGUCUUGAUCUUCGAUGGCUAUCUUACUAUCAUAUCAUGCAAUCCAGAGCGGUAUACCACGCCCACGAGGCUACAGCUGUGGAAGCAUUUGCCAUCGCUCUUUUGUGCGGCGAUGUACGAUGUGAUAUGUAUUCCGGAGUAAUUAUUCUCGAUGGAAAUCGAGGACGUUUUUCUGUUCCAGAUUGGAAGACUAUGUUGGUCAUCAAGGUCCUCCGGACGCGUCUUCGUGAACUUUUGACGCGGUCAUUCAAACAGCCAGGCAAGUUGCCUACUGCUCAGCAAGAGAAAUGGCUCGAUGUUUGGCAGAGAAUCUUCACCCAAGAUUUUGGACAGGAUAGAUCUGCUACAGGAAUGGCAAUCAAGGCGUGA